AUGUUACAUUCAUAUAAGAAGAAAUACAUAUAGUUGGACAGUCAAAAUUCCAUAUGUACUUAGUUAACUAAACACGCCGAUGUUUUUAGAGACCGCUGCUUUUGAAAGCUUUUGCGGUGUGGUAAAGCUUUCGGCCAAAGCUAGUUGCAAUCGCGCCGCUGGAGUGGUGAGACAUAGACCGAAUCCGACUGAGAGACCAGUGCGAACAAAAUAAACCAAAGAUUGAACUGUAGCUGCGCAUUCAUAUUCUGCCACGACUAUUUUCGUUCUUAAAAGAUAGAAGACUGUGUUUCCCCUCUGUGUGUUUUAGACUGCAAUCAUGAGCAAGCAACUGUCGCGUCAUGUGAGACAAGUCAACAAAUUGCUGACCACCGCCGCCUCGGCGAAUGCUGCCGGCUCCACGCACAAUAACUACUUUACCUAUGUGCGUGAGCUGUCGCAUCCGCUUCCACGCGAGCCGCCAAUUGUGUCGCCAGAGGAAGCUGUCGCCUGCAUUAAAUCUGGCGAUACGGUUUUCGCACAGGGCGCAGCUGCCACUCCGGUGACGCUGCUGAAUACGAUGACGCAGUACGGCAAGUGCAACAAGCUGAAGGAUAUUACCGUCUGCCACAUGCACACGGAGGGACCGGCCGAGUACUGUAAGCCGGAGUAUCAGGAUAUCUUCCGUUCGAACUCGUUCUUUAUGGGCGGGAAUGUGCGCAAGGCCGUCGCCGAGGGACGGGCCGACAAUGUGCCCAUAUUUCUGCAUGAAAUACCGCAGCUGUUCUACAAGAAGAUCGUCGAGCCGGACGUGGCGCUCAUCCAUGUCUCGCCGCCGGACAAUCACGGCUACUGCAGCCUGGGCACCAGCGUCGAUUGCGUCCGUGCCGCGCUGCUCAACUCGAAGAUGAUUGUUGCCCAAAUCAAUCCGAAUAUGCCGCGCACCUUUGGCGAUUCCAUCAUCCACAAGUCGCACUUUGACUUUGCCAUCGAGGUCAACGACAAGUUGCCGCAACAUGGCACCGGCAAGAUUUCGGCCGUCGAGACGAAAAUUGGCCAGCUGAUUGCCGAGAAUUUGGUCAAGGAUGGGGCCACGCUGCAGAUGGGCAUCGGCAGCAUUCCGGAUGCAGUGCUCGCCGCGCUGCACAAUCACAAGGAUCUGGGCAUACAUUCGGAGAUGUUCGCCAAUGGCGUUGUCGAUCUGGUCAAGAAGGGCUGCGUCACCAACAGCAAGAAGAAGAUGCAUCAGGGUCGCAUCGUCGGCUCCUUCCUGAUUGGCGAUCAGCCGCUCUACGACUUUGUCAACAACAAUCCGUUCAUCGAGAUGUUGGGCAUUGAUUACGUAAACAAUACCGGAAUUGUGAAGCAGCAGCCGCGCAUGACGGCCAUCAACAGCUGCAUUGAGGUGGAUCUAACGGGUCAGGUGUGCUCCGAUUCGAUUGGCACACGCUUCUAUUCGGGCUUCGGCGGCCAGGUGGACUUUAUACGCGGCGCAGCCGAAGGCACCGAUGGCCUCGGCGUGCCCAUCAUUGCCAUGCCAUCGACGACCAGCAAAGGCGCCAGCAAGAUUGUGCCCACGCUUCAGCCAGGCGCCGGCGUCGUCACCUCCCGCGCCCACGUACACUACGUGGUCACCGAGCACGGCAUCGCCUCGCUGUUCGGUAAAAAUGUGCGCCAGCGUUCGUACGAACUAAUUCAGAUCGCAGCUCCCAAGCAUCGCGAAGCCCUGGAGAAGGCCAUGUUCGAGCGACUCAAUGUGAUGCCAUCCUGCGAUUAAGCCCAAAAAUCCCAGCCCAGAAUAACCAACAAUUUUAAGGAUGCAAACGAAAAAGGAAUUUUCAAAAUUUUCUAAACGCAUUCCCGCAACGGUUUUCGCCCCCUUUUCGAUCCAAUGAAAUUCUCUCUAUUUAGGCAGAAAGCAGAAACAAUAAGUAAUCAUUAAAAAAAAUGUUAAAACUAAAAAGAAAA